AUGACCCGUAUGUUGAUGGUCACAGACGUGCACGAGAUUAUCAAAAGACACCAAGCUCAGAUCAUUACUUCCCUGAAGGAUCCUGAUAUCAGUAUCAGAAGACGAGCCCUUGAUUUGCUUUACGGCAUGUGUGAUAUUUCGAAUGCUAAGGACAUUGUUGAAGAAUUUUUACAUUAUCUCAGCUCAGUUGACUUUGCAAUGCUGGAAGAAUUGUCACUUAAAGCUGCUAUGCUUGCUGAGAAAUUUGCCCCUGACUUGUCAUGGUAUGAGAGUUGUAUAAAUGCCGAAAUACAACAACGCGCUGUUGAAUGUCAUGCUUUGAGUUUGAAAGGUGCUGCUUUAAUGGAUAUACUAGUUGAAAUGCCGAAGUUCUCUGAAAGAAAGUCCUCAUUGAUAAAGAAGGUUGAGGAUUCUGAAGCUGAUACAGCCGAACAAAGUGCAACUAAGUUGUGGGCCCAGCAACAGAAUUCUAGUGCUUUGGUAGUGUCAUAUCAGCGGCCAGCAAAUGGGGCAGCACCUGUGAGCCAGCUUGGUCUUGUGAAGGUGCCUACGGGAUUGGCAAAUGCAAAUGGAGCUCUGACAGUAGUGGAUCCUAAACCUCCUAGCACGCCUUCUCCUGAUCUACUUGGAGAUCUUUUAGGGCCGCUGGCUAUAGAAGGCCCACUAGGCAUUGCUCCUCAUUCUGAGCCGAGGGCUGCUUCUGGAUUGCAAGUUGGUGCCAACCAAGAUGCAUUGGCCAUUGCACCAGUCGAGGAGCAAGCUUAUACUGUCCAGCCUAUUGGUGAUAUUGCUGAAAGCUUUCAUGCUCUAAAGCUAAAGGAUAGUGGUGUACAAUACGAGGACCCUUACAUCCAGGGGCAGAGUCGUUUACCACAUUAUGGUUCGAUUGGCGUUAAAUCCGAGUGGCAAGCGCAUCAUGGGCGAGUUGUUCUCUUCUUGGGAAAUAAGAAUACUGCUCCUCUCGUUUCAGUUCAGGCUCUCAUAUUACCCCCAUCACAUCUAAAGAUGGAGCUCUCCUUAGUACCUGAGACUAUUCCUCCGAGGGCACAGGUAGAAGGCCCACUAGGCACUGCUCCUCAAUCUGAGCUGAGGGCUGCUUCUGGCUUGCAAGUUGGUGCUAACCAAGAUGCAUUGGCCAUUGCACCAGUCGAGGAGCAAGCUUAUACUGUCCAGCCUAUUGGUGAUAUUGCUGAAAGCUUUCAUGCUCUAAAGCUAAAGGAUAGUGGUGUACUAUACGAGGACCCUUACAUACAGGGGCAGAGUCGUUUAUCACAUUAUGGUUCGGUUUUCUGCAGCUUGCAUGAUACGAGCUUUUAA